ACAUACACGUUUGGAAUAAUAAAGAAUACCCUUCGCCCCGCUUCGCUCAUCUUUCAACUCUCACUCUCUCUGCCCCGCCCGCUUCACCGCUUCCGAGAAGACCUACAAUGUUUGGUGCCGGAGGAGAUCGACGCCAGAUGUCCUUUGACAUUGAUCCACUGUCAGUUGACUCAAAUGCAUUGAUCGUCACUUACCCGAAGCCUAACUUUGUUGGAGGGAAUUCGCCUUUCCCAAUGGAGGAUGUACAGCAAUAUUCCCAUGGUUCAAAUGUUGAAUUGGUUGUUAGCCAUUCUAAGAAACUUGAAGAUGAUCUGCAGCAGCUGGGAGAAAAAAUUAAGCAUCAGGAGGAAAAUGUCAACUACUUGAAAACUUUGAGGAGUAAGUUGGAAGACUCAAUUUUUGAUAUUCAAGUUUCUAUAGGGAAACACCAUCCAACUUUAUAUAAAGAGGAAAAUGGAAAGGCUUCAUGUGGAGAGAGUGAUGAAGAAACAACUCAGCAUAUUAUGAAGUAUGAGAACUCUGCAGCUGCCCUUUUGUGUAAGAUUAAAAGCGAAGUUCAGUUUUCUGACGAUCUAUUGAUUAAAGAUGUGGUUGGGGUUGUUGCUACACUUGGAAAAGUUGACGAUGCUAAUCUUAGCAGGAUUCUUUCGGAAUACUUGGGCCUACAAACAAUGCUAGCAGUGGUCUGCAAAUCCUAUGAAGGUGUUAAGAACCUGGAAACAUACACCAAAGACGGACUAAUAAAUAAAGGUUCCGGCAUCCAUGCAUUUGCAGCUUCUAAGGGCAGACACCUGGAUGACCGAUUUCAUGUUAUUUGUCUUGAAAAUCUUAGACCGUAUGCAGGUGCGUUGAUAGCUGAUGACCCUCAACGGAGGCUCAAUCUUCUAAAGCCAAGGUUAAUCAAUGGUGAAACUCCUCCUGGGUUUCUUGGUUUUGCCGUAAACAUGAUUAAGAUUGAUAAUAGUUACUUACACCCUAUCUUCAAAUCUGGGCACAGUCUACGAGAGACACUCUUCUAUAAUCUCUUCUUAAAUUUGCAAGUGUAUAAAUCAAGAGAAGAGAUGCAAAAUGCACGGUCUUCUAUAACAACUGGAGCCAUAUCUCUAGAUGGAGGCUUGAUUAAAAGUCCUGGCAUAUUCACCUUGGGCCAUUAUCGGGGAGAUAUAGAUGUCAAGUUCCCCUGUGAUCCCAAAAAGUUUGUCAAGUCUGCAAACGAUUCUGAGCUUCAAAAUCGGCUGAAAGAGAUGAAAUGGAAGAAGGACCGGGCACUAGAGGAUAUGCAGAGAGAACAGGAUUUAUUGGACCAGGCAAAGUUCAAAUAUGAAAUCAAGAAAAGAGAACUUGUUCGCUUUAUUGCUGAAAGCUCAUCAUUAAUGACUCAAGUAUCAGGUGGGAUGUGUAUCAACCCCUAGAUGAUUUCAUGGAGGCAUGUACGGACCAGUGGCAAAGGAACUAGAAGAAGCACUUAGAGAUCCUGCUAAAUAAAUUCAGCUUCUAUUGUUUAUUGAAAUAAUGUGCACAUGAAUUAUUUUUUUUCACUUGCAACAUUACCUAUGUUAGGUUUUUCCAAAACCCUACUUAUUACAGAAAUUAUUCAGUUAUAGUGCCAUUUUGUGAAACCUAUUCUUCAAAUUUGGAAGUCUUUGACGACACCAGAUUGUUUUUAUCUUAAAGGCAUGUUUACUUGUGUUAUACUAGUAUUUGUUUUUCA